AUGGAUCGGCGGGAAUUAGCCGUUGCAAAAACUAUUUUUGCUACACCGCCCAGCUCUACUUACGACAAAGCUCUUCACUAUUUUCUAAAAGCGGAGGAAAUCUCGCCGCAUUUCUACAGUACCAACACCUACUACAUUGCCGAAACUCACGAAAAAAUGGGCAGCGAAGAUGAAGCCUUGAAGUACUAUAUGGAUGCAUUUAAAAUGCCAGUUAUAGCAGCUGACGAUAAACGGAUUCCUGAGAAGGUCAUUACUAACGUUGUCGAAGUUGGAGCAAUACCAAAUACUGUGAGAUUUUCUUAG